AUGACGACGUCCUCGACCGCUUCCACUCUCAUUAUCGCCAUCAUCCUUCUGCUUGUCGCCCCCUUGUCACCUGGGAACUGCGCAUCGACUGGAGAAGGUAACGCUCUCUUCUUCUCUUUCGGUGGGUCGGGGAAAAAUCAGAGCUUCGCCACGGAGUUUGCCCUCUAUGGCGAUGCUGAGAUGAAUAGCUCGGAGGUGAGGGUGAUGCGUGCGGCGAACGAGAGCUCCGGGCUUAUGAUUUACUGGAAACCAGUCAGAUUCUUCGGCACCAAGCCCGGGUUCUUUCCAUCAGAUUUAUGCAGCGUUAUUGAUGGACCUGAGAUAUAUGAGAUAUACAAGCUGAUUACCUUCUCUGCCUAUAUAAGUUCUUGUUUGCCGCUUCAUCAGCAUCAAAAUGUGCACUCAUCAAUUGCUGUUUUCGAUAGUAAACGUGAGCAAAUAUCUCCAAGAACCGCAAUGAACAAUACAAGCAUGACCCUCGUCAACAUUGCUAUUGUUGUAUAUUCAUUUCAGUUAGGCAUUAUAACUGAAUACAUUAUGGCUUCUCAGACAUCAGUUAGGAAAUUGUGGAUUCUUUCCGACGAUGGUUUGCUUCUCAUCCUCAGCAGAGGAGAAAAAUUACAUUCUUGGAUUGAUUACGAUGGAGAAUCGAAGAGAAUAGAGGUCAAGCUUUGCCAGGAUAAGGAUCCGAAGGAAGCAGCCCCUUCGAUCUCUCACUCUAUCGAUUUGUCUUACAUGUUGUGGAGGGAGGCGUCCUGGGUGGGUUUAUCUUCCUGGAGUGGCAAUUCUAGUCAUGGCAGUAGCAUAUACUCGUGGAAUUUUACAGAGAAGAGUAAGCUCUGUACUUGCACAAUUCCACUUUAUUCUGCAUUAAUGCUUAGCAGCUUCAGGCAUUCAUAUGAUUGA